ACAGAAAUAAUUACAGAUUUAAAAUAUAAGUACAACAUAAAAACAUGUAGUGCAUUGUACCAAAUGAUUAAUUCAAAUGUAAGCACAUAGUAGUUAAGGCCACCUAAUAUAAAGUGGGACCCAUGAAUCUUUCAAAGUCACUGUGGUGUGUAUCACACCCAAGGAAGUAGAGAAACAUCAAUACUAAUCCUUUUUUUUAAAUGAAGUCUUCUUUGUGUCUCUUUUGUGUGUUUAACACAGUGACCUGUGUGACUUCAGUCUGCCAAAACCUCUGUGAGUGAGUGUUGGCAUAGCAACCUCGCUGCAGUGAAGCAUUUUAAGACUGCUAUAUCUGGAGCUCAGUAGCUCUUAACUCAUAUAAGCUCAUUUAAAAAUGAACGAGACGGUAUGUGUAAACAGUGAAAUAAUGAAAAUUAAAUGUGCACAAUCAGUUAAAAUAUAGUUUAUGUGUGAUUUAUGCGGUGAAUCACAAAAACAAUAAACACGAGCCAUUUAACUUUAUUGCAAUUAGCAGCUACAAGAUAAAAGACAAAUAUGAUUAUAAAAUUAAAGAGACAUUCUAAUGUGGUAAUGCUUCAGUAGGCUACGUGACACAAAUGUGAUAUAAAAAAGACAGUUUCACAAGAUACAUAGGAGAGGAUGAGAAAUACUGAGGUGCUGGAAGAGGGAGAGCUGAUUGUAAUGAGGCCCACUACUUCAAUCCCCCUCCAGGCCCUUCAGUAUAAGGCUUUUGUUGGCUGUCACUGUUCACUGUUUUUAGUUGCCAAGCAAGACCAAGUCGGAAUUCCUUUCGCCUCUGUGUGCGGACUACAACAGAUUUCAACCAUUUUCAUCAAAAUGAAAAAUAAUCUCUUUUGCUUUCUCGGUCUCUCCAUUAUCGGAAUUGUGUCCGCUGACAGUUGCUCGCUAGAGAUAUCUCCCUCCAGAGUAGUGGUGAAAUUUGGGGAUCCGGUGUCGGUCAGCUGUGUGGCCUCGCGUCCAGUGCGCGUGCUGGGAUGGGAAUCGGUCAUUGCCGCAUCGCACACUCAGAAUGACCUCAGCGUUCAGUGGCGGGUGGACAGUUUGACUGACUGGAUUGAGGAGCCAAUCUGCUAUGGUGUUUUUUUCACUGCACCCAGACAGUGUGAGGAAAAACUCAACCUUGUUCUAUACAAGAAACCAGACAGUGUGUCCAUAAGUUUAGUGAAUCACAGCAGUCCAGUGGUGGAAGGAAGAGAGUACCAGCUACAGUGUGAGGUGCAGAACGUCGCACCUGUCCAGUACCUUGUUUUACGAUGGUACAGAGGAAAAACUGAAGUUUACAACCACUCGUUCUCAGAGUUAUCCCCUGUAACACCAGUCCAGGUGUCCUCCACCUUGCUGAUUGUCCCAAACAGAGCUGAUGAUGGAGCUCAAUACAGGUGUGAAGCACAGCUGGAACUGGGAGCAGAAGGACCUCAGCCUCCUCCAACAGUUCAGUCUGAAGUUCUCAACAUUGCUGUUCAAUACCCUCCAGUCUUCCGCAGUCCAGAGGAAGAGAUACUGGACAUCAGUGAGGAUAGUGAAACGGUGCUGGAUUGUACUGCGGAGGGUAAUCCACCUCCUGUGUAUGUCUGGACCUCCUCAAACCUUCAGGAGAAGGCCGAGCAGCCUGUUUUGAGAGCUGCAUCUUUGAGCCCAGGACUAUAUACAUGCACUGCGUCCAAUAUCCUGGGGAAAAAGAGCAAACAGUUUGUCAUCAAGCACAAAUCCAAAGGUGUUUAAGUCCAGAGACCUUGAGAACGAACCGAAGACGUAUAGACAGUUCUAGAUGGUACGCUCAGGACUUUCUGGACGUGGGAGAUCAAAAUCUAGCUUGGCUCUUUGUUACAUUUUAGAUGUAUUUUUAGGGGACUCUCUUUUCAGGGUGAUUAUGAUUUGUUAAAUAUGAGAGUCAAACCUAGGUAUGUGUAAAAUCUAUCCUAGUAAGCUUUAUUAAUACUGUGUGUAAGAUCAUUUUAACAGAGCAUUUGUAUCCAUUGUAACAGAGCAUCACCCAAUAAUAAUAAUAAUAAAAGUUAUGAAUACAGUACAAAAGA